GCGCAUGGCCAUGGAGGCUAUGAUUCUGAUUUUAGUGAUGAGGAGAAUGGAGAGAAGUCUGUGCAGAAGACUAAAAGUACAAAGGAAGAUGGCCUUCUGAUAAAGCCUUUCCAAAAAGCAAAACAAGGCAGUGUGGUUCACAGGCAAUUCGCAGCUGAAGAAUGGGAUAGGGAAGAAGCAAGAAAAAGAAGAUUUCACUUGAUAGCGAUGGAUGCUUAUGAAAGACAUAAAAAGUUUGUGAAUGACUACAUUUUAUACUAUGGUGGCAAAAUAGAGGAUUUCCGACGGUCUGGAGCAAAUGACAAGACAGAUCUUGAUGUUAUUAGAGAAAACCAUAGAUUCCUGUGGAAUGAAGAUGAUGAAGCAGACAUGAAUUGGGAAAAGAGGCUUGCAAAGAAGUAUUAUGAUAAAUUGUACAAAGAAUACUGUAUAGCAGAUCUCAGUAGAUACAAAGAGAAUAAGUUUGGAUUUAGAUGGCGACAUGAGAAAGAAGUAAUUUCUGGAAAAGGUCAGUUUUCCUGUGGAAAUAAGCACUGUGAUGAGAAAGAAGGCCUGAAGAGCUGGGAGGUGAAUUUUGGUUACGUUGAACAUGGUGAAAAGAGAAAUGCACUUGUGAAAUUGAGACUAUGUCCAGAAUGUUCCUGCAAACUAAACUUUCAUCACCGGAGGAAAGAAGUCAAAGCAUGCAAGAAAAGAGGCUCAGUUAUACCAAACUCUAAAGAGCCAAAGAUUAAGAAGACAAAAUUGUCUUGUUCAGCAAAAAAGAAGUCCAAAAAAAAGACCCAUAAAGAUCAGAUUUCUUCAGAAGAUUCAGAUAAUUCUGAUAAAGAUUCAGAUAACAGCAAUGCACAAGACGGUCCUUCAGAUGCCGACUUUUGGAAAGGCCCUCUACAGGAAGCAGAUGAAAAAUCACGGGAGGAGGAGUUCGAUGAGUAUUUUCAAGACUUGUUUCUCUGA